UUUUGCGUUCUGUGCUGACAGGCACACUCCCGUCGGACCGGGGCCCUCCCGAGCUGCAGCGUGAAGGGGAAAGCGGCCCCCAGCCUCCCUGCCACCAUGUGCUACGGCAAGUGCGCGCGGUGCAUCGGGCAGUCCCUGGUGGGGCUCGCCGUCCUCUGCAUUGUCGCUAACAUUCUGCUCUACUUUCCCAACGGGGAGACAAAGUAUGCCUCCGAAAACCACCUCAGCAAGUUCGUGUGGUACUUCUCUGGCAUCCUAGGAGGGGGCUUGCUGAUAUUCCUGCCAGCAUUUGUCUUCAUGGGCCUGGAGGAAGACGACUGCUGUGGCUGCUGCGGCAGUGACAACUGUGGCAAGAGAUGCGUGAUGCUUUCUUCCGUGCUGGCCGCUGUCAUCGGAAUCGCAGGGUCUGGCUACUGCGUCAUCGUGGCAGCCCUGGGCUUAGCGGCAGGACCUCUGUGCCUGGACUCCUCCAACCAGUGGAACUAUACCUUCCUCGACACCGAGGGACAAUACCUUCUGGAUAGAUCCACAUGGUCCCAGUGCCUUGAACCCCAGCACGUUGUGGAGUGGAACGUCUCUCUGUUUUCUAUCCUCUUGGCGCUUGGUGGGAUUGAAUUCAUCUUGUGUCUCAUUCAAGUAAUAAAUGGGUUGCUUGGAGGCAUAUGUGGCUACUGCUGUACUCACCAUCAGCAAUAUGACUGUUAGAAGAACCACCCCAAGACAGGACCACCGUCUUUAUUUCAUUGUAAUUUAUAUAUUUUACUUGUAUUAAUUUGUAAAACUUCGCACUCGUGUAUCAUACUUCUUAUAUUCCCCUUUUAUAUGUGUGUGUAAAGACUGGCAUCUUCAUGUGAUGUCAGUGUCUGCACUCAGCAAACAAACAUUUUUUUAAGGAAUGAGAAAAUGAAACACACUCUGGAGGGAAUUUCCAGGUGGAGUGACGGUCCUCAGCGUAUCUGAGAUAAACUGGCUUGAAGUAAUGUUUUUGAGAAACGUUACGACGAGAACUGUUACAUCCCGAUUACCGCUGUAUAUAUGUGCUCCUGUUUAUUAAAUGGAAGAUUUCUAGUUGCUUUUUUUUUAAGACCAUGAAGGAGAAAAAUCCAACAACUUGAAAAGAUGAUUUUCACUGUUUAUAUGGUGUUUCCCAUUGAUAGGCCUCUGACAUGGGCCUCUGAGCUGCUUUGCGAUCUGGGAGGGACAGCGCCUCGCCAGAGAGGAGGCCCACUCACCAUGCUCUCGGCCAAACGAAUGAGCCCAGCGGGCAGGUCCCGUGUUCCUGCCCUGUGCGAAGCUUUUGUUCUUCAAAGACAAGCACUCAGGGUCAUGCAUUUAAGAAGAGAAAGGCCUGGAUGAUUAGACAGGAAGAAAAUUGGGAAACGGAAUAAAGCAGUUGAUCAGCACGAUCCGAAAACGGGGGAGAAGGGAGGUGGGGCAGGCAGACCACAAGAAAUACCCCAAACUUGCUUGUUUAAGUCAACAAAAUAAAAUAUUCACUAACACUUU